CGGAGGCCGGGCGGGAGGCGGCGCUGCGGGCGGAGGCCGGGCGGCCGGGCGGGGGUGCGAAGGGCAGCCGCUGUUUUGCGGCUCGGGCUGAAGAUGGCGGCUGAGGGCGGGGGGAAGGAGCUGAACGAGAUCAAGUCGCAGUUCCGGACCCGGGAGGGCGCCUACAAGCUGCUGAGCCUGUCGGAGUACAGCCGCCCGAACCGGGUGCCCCUCAGCGCCACCCAGGGCACCAACCCGGUGCGGGUGUCCAUGGUCAACGUGCGGGACCAGAGCGGCAGCGGCGACCGCAUCUGCUUCAAUGUGGGCCGGGAGCUCUACCUCUACCUGUACCGGGGCCCCAGGAAGGCAGCAGAUCUAAGUAAACCCAUUGACAAGCGUAUAUACAAAGGGACACAGCCCACCUGCCACGAUUUUAACCAGUUUACUGCCACACCCGACAGCGUCUCGCUUGUAGUUGGCUUCUCCGCAGGUCAAGUCCAGUAUCUGGAUCCGAUCAAGAAGGAAACCAGCAAAUUGUUCAAUGAAGAGAGGUUCAUCGACAAGACCAAGGUAACCUGCCUAAAGUGGAUGCCAGAGUCUGAGAGCCUCUUCCUGGUCGCCCACACCAGCGGCAACCUCUACCUCUACAACGUGGACCAUCCAUGCGGCACCACCGCCCCCCACUAUCAGCCACUGAAGCAGGGGCCUGGCUUCGCUGUGUACACCUGCAAAAGCAAGUCCAGCCGCAACCCGCUGCUGAAGUGGUCGGUGGGCGAGGGCGCGCUGCACGAGUUCGCCUUCGCCCCCGACGGCAAGCACGUGGCGUGCGCCAGCCAGGACGGCAGCCUGCGGGUCUUCCACUUCGAUUCAAUGGAGCUGUACGGUGUGAUGAAGAGCUACUUUGGGGGCUUGCUGUGCGUGUGCUGGAGCCCGGAUGGCCGCUACAUCGUGACGGGGGGUGAGGAUGACCUGGUGACAGUCUGGUCCUUCUGGGACUGCCGGGUGAUCGCGCGGGGUCACGGUCACAAGUCCUGGGUCAGCGUGGUGGCCUUUGACCCUUACACGAGUUGCGUGGACGAAGGGGACCCACCUGAGUUCAGUGGCAGCGAUGAGGACUUUCAGGAGCACGCUCCACUUGCCCGCAAUCGCACGAACAGCACUUUAUCCAGACUCUCCAAGCACAAUUCCACGGAUGGACGGGGAACCAGCGUGACCUACCGUUUUGGCUCCGUGGGCCAGGACACUCAGUUUUGCCUGUGGGAUUUGACGGAAGACAUCCUUUUCCCCCACCAGCCCCUCUCGCGGGCUCGGACGCACACGAACGUGGUGAAUACCGCGGUCCCUGGCUCCCUCAGCGGCGGAAGCCUCACCAGCGGCCUCGUACUGGAGGCUGGCACCGCCAACUCUGUCCCGCACUCGCUCUCCCGCUCGAACAGCCUGCCGCACCCGGCAGUGACAAAUGCCAACAGCAAGGCCCAUGGGGACGGGGGCAUCCCCUUUAGCAUCAGCAAGUUUGCCACGCUGGCUCACCACGAGCGCAAGGAUAAGAGUGCGGAGAAGGACCACAAACGGAACCACAGCAUCGGGCACGUCAUCAGCAAGAGCAACGACAAGCUGCACAUGGUUACGAGGAACAAAGCUGAUCCGGCAAAGACUUUGGGAACCACUUUGUGUCCCCGCAUGGAUGAGGUGCCCUUGCUGGAGCCUCUAGUGUGUAAAAAGAUUGCACAUGAGAGACUAACAGUGUUGAUAUUCUUGGAAGACUGCAUAGUCACUGCCUGCCAAGAAGGCUUCAUUUGCACGUGGGCACGGCCAGGUAAAGUGGGUUUACUGUCGGCACAGAAUCAAGCUAAUUCACCGAGUGGGACUGUGGUGUAGUUGGAGUCUGCUGUGGAAGUACAGUCAGUUGUGUGCUGCCAGGGCUCUGCCAGUAUCUAGGCAUUUGCCCGUUGUCUGUCAGAGCUGCUACUGCAUCAGUGGUCCCAGUUCUUGGAUAAGGAAUGCCCAAGCUGACCAGUCACGAGCCGAAAUGGACUCCUUUAUUUAUUAAUAUGUUCAACACUAAAUCCUGCCGUGGAUUUGAACCUCAGAUCACUUCUAAUUUAUGAAACUGUACAGUUAAAUUGUAACCCAGAGAGCAAAAUCAGGAGCUUUAUCAGUGUCUUACUACAAAUAGAUUAUUAUAUAUUGUGCAAAUAGACAAAGAUUCAAAGAAACUAACUGAGGACAGGCAGUCUGUGUAAUUCUCAUUGCAGUCUCGAAUGUGAGCACUGAGCAAUACAUAUCCCACGAGUGUCAGGAAUAGGUUUUGAUCGAAAACAAGUCCUAAUUUUUGGAAAUGUUCAUCUCUGAUCGGGUGUGGAAUAAACAUGAGCAAUAGAAGGCUUAACAGAGCAAUAUGCUUUUGCCACUGUUUGGGGAAUGAGCAAUGUAGAGUUGAUGGUCACCUUUUUAUUUGCACUUGAUCAAAUUCUACAUGACUGAAUUGUAAUGAAGUUCACGGUGCCAUUACCUCUGGCUAUAAAUAUUGUACAUGCAGUGAUUUGCAAAAAGAUAACAAAUGACUGGUUUCACCUUUAUUAAAAUAUUUAAAAUAUG